CCAACCUUUUAAGAUCAUUCCAGAUUACGUAUCGACAGCUUGACGGCUGUAUGUAUGUGCAUCUGAUGGCGGUCGAUCUAGACGCUGUUCAUCAUUAUGAUGAGUACGGAUUGAAGAAUAUCAGUGAUGAGCCUGAGGAGAUUAGAAAGAUUCAUGGGCAGAUGAUUGUUUUCGUCAUGGAGUGGUUGAAGGGUUUCAUAGGCGCCAGGUUCGCGAUGAUGUCUUGUAUUUAACGGCCAUUUUCAGAGCGUACGCUCGAAGAUAUGUGAGUAUUCAUUUCUGUAUGGUUGUGGCUUCAUUGAACAAGUGGACGAUUCCGAUUGUUGGGCAAUCGUCCUGACUUUGUGACCGAAAAAUGUAAUGCGAUGCGCCGAAGGUAAAUGGGUCCCCUGCAGAUCGGAACGCACCGUGACGUUUGACAACGUCACGACUAUCAAGUUCCGGGGAGAAUAUGUUAUUACAAGAGACGUGCUAGCCUAUGUUAGGUAUAUAUAUCACGAGGAUUUGAAAGUGUACCACAAGAUUUAUAUUUGUCCCUGUUGAUUUGGUCGCAACAAACAAUAACUUGGAG